AUGUCCCAUGAAACUCCUUUAUCGUUGCCGCUGGAAGACCCAAAAUUAGCUCUCGGCGGUCUGCAAACUUCGAGCAAUAGUUCUAAUACCCAGAGAGAAAAGGAUGGGGAGGAGCGGAGCGGAAGUGUUGGCCAUGGUGACGAGGAUGUUGGGUCUGCCUUAGCACAUCACAUCUCGAUAUCUGAUGCUGCCUCUCUUGCGUCCAUCGACCGCCCGCCCGGAGAAGAGGAGAAGCUACCCCCUGCCAAGGUCUACGCUCCGUACUCUUUCCCGGUCUUAGCGCUCUUGAUGCCCGCCUCGGUGUUCGGAUGUCUCGCAAGGUUGGGCCUUGAGGCUUUGGUCACAUUUGAUGGACAAAGUAUAUUCCCGCUUGCAUGGGUCCAAGUGGGCGGGUGUUUCGUCAUGGGUUUCUGUCUCCGAUUCAAGGAACCCUUCGGCCAGUUUUAUGGGCCGUUAUAUACUGCGUGUACGACCGGCUUCUGUGGAUCUUUCACUACGUUUUCCUCUUGGCAGUUGUCUGUAUUUCAAGCAUGGAUCAAUGCAGGCCACUUCGACCGACAUUGGUUACACGAUGUCAUAGCCGGAUUGACCCAGAUGUUAUUUACACUCGAUUUGUCCCUGAUUUCGAUCCAAUUUGGAGCACAUAUAGCAUCAUUGGUGCACCCCUUCAUCCCAUCCUUCCCAUCACCCAACAAAACUUUGCGUUACGGUCUUACCGCACUCGCAGUCCUCAUAUACGCCGCCACGUAUCCCGCCUACUUCCGUUUGCCCGAAUCAUUCAGACAUAAGGCGACCUCCGCACUCUUGUACUCGUUCCCAGGGACUCUCACACGCUACGUCUUAUCAAUUGAACUCAACCGUCGCUUUCAUCUCUUCCCCGUGGGGACAUUCUCAGCCAACAUGCUUGGGACGGCGCUUAUUGCCACAUUCACCGUGCUCGAGAGCACGCGAGGGCCACCCAGCCCCAACGGCUGUAACGUUCUGAUUGGGUUGGCGGACGGAUACUGUGGGUGUCUGACUACAGUCAGUACAUUCGCGGUAGAAGUGGCGACGCUGGAAACCCGAAGAGCAUGGUUCUAUGUCAUAAUCAGCCUAGUUACUGCGCAGUUGCUGCUGCUCGUCAUUCUGGGCCCUUCGUACUGGGCGGGGAACAAGCAUCACUUGGUGUGUUGCCAUUCGGAUAUUCUCGUCUGUAUACCCAGUUUGGAGCCUGCUAUUUGCACCAUUUUUGGGCAAUUGUAUCAAAAUUUCAUGUUACUCAAACGUCUGGGAUUCCACUGGCGCGAGUAA